GUAUAUAUACCCCUAUAUGCAAAGUCCCUGCAAACGGUUCAGUGGACACCCUGCGACACACAGCUCACCAGUUGGGUACUGCUGAAAAAAAAAGACAACAUGGCUCUGACAAACCCCAUGCCCAUGGGCCCCUGGAAGAUUACUGUGUAUGAUCAGGAGUACUUCCAGGGCAGGCGUAUGGAGUUCACUGCCUGCUGCCAGAACAUCAUGGAGUGUGGAAUGGAGAACAUUCGCUCCCUGAAGGUCGAGUGUGGAGCCUGGGUGGGCUAUGAGCACUCUAGCUUCCACGGGCAGCAGUUCGUCCUGGAGAAGGGGGACUACCCUCGCUUUGAGGCCUACAGUGGCAGCAACUCCUAUCGCAUUGAGAGGAUGCUGUCUUUCAGGCCCAUCUGCUGCGCUAACCAGAAGGAGUGCCGCAUGACUAUCUACCAGAUGGAGAACAUGAUGGGUCAUCAGUUUGAGCUGUGUGACGAUUACCCAUCUCUGCAGGCCAUGGGCUGGAUGUGCAAUGAGGUGGGAUCCAUGCAGGUCCACUGUGGAGCCUUUGUGUGCUACCAGUACCCUGGUUACCGUGGUCACCAGUACAUCAUGGAGUGCGACUGCCGCGGAGGAGAGUACAAGUGUUACCGUGAGUUUGGCUCCCACGCCCAGACUCCCCAGAUUCAGUCUAUCAGGAGGAUCCAGCACUGAGAGGGAGGUGGUUCUUUCGCUCCUCAUUAUCUCCUUCCUUACUCGCCUCCUGCACUUCGAUCCUCCUCCUCUCCUGCAACCAUCAUCUCCCCAGCUCUGCUGGUCCGGUUAGUCAGAGCAGGAUCCUGGACUGGUCUUCAGGCUCGUACUGACGUCAUUGGGUCCCUGCACUUUUGAUUUUAUCUUGCUUUUUUUUUUUUUUUUUAAAGAAAAUAUCAUUUGGAAAAAAAGACAGGGAUGAAAAAGUUGAAAAAGGUUGACUGCGAAACAGCACCUCUAUUCCUUCUUUGCUCUUUUUAAUCUCCACCAUUGAUGACAUCAUUAUCAUCGUCCGUGUCUGCAACAACACAACCACCCCUGCUGCUGUUACUGUGAUACACAUGACUGCCUGUGUUCAAGACGAUGAAUAAAGAGAACAAACAAAGAGACAGAAAUAUUCACGAUAUCCACAUGUA